GUCCUGCAAACCCCCCUCGCCAUCCUGCUGACCCUGACCGCUAUCGCUGCGGCGAUUCCCUACGCUCUCCGACCCGUCGCGCAAGUCGUGGCCCCACUAUGCUGGAUUCCCGGCAUCUCAUCCAGCUUUAUUUGUUCGAUGCGCGCGCACACACCUGGAGAAGAUGCCUGGUCGGUGCAGUAUGCCGACUACCCGCGCAUGAUAGAGAUGCAGAGCCGGACGUUGGAGCAGCUGUUGGAUGAAAAGGCCGGCGGCUCGAGCCUGGCGCUGGAGAUCAAGAAGGCGGAGAUGGCGACGACGGACCUGAUCACGCUCGUCAAGUUCAGCGAGCUGCAGAGUAAGGAGCUGAUCGCGGAGACGUUGACCUCUUUCGUGGAGGACGCAAGAAAGACGGGGGACGAUUUGCAGAGGUUGGGUGCCAAGGUUGGCGGCACGGUGGACAACAUUAUGGCCGUCAACGAUCACGCGCUCCACACCAUCGAGAGCGCUCAAAGCAAGUCUGCAUCGUCGCUGGUAGCGCGCGUCUUAUGGCCGCUGGGCGGUGGCGAUAGCGGGACCAAGGCAGUCGUACGCACGACCUUCGACCACGCCAUGUCCGUCAUGGACGACGCCCUCCAGCGAGUCGUCGUCGAAGCGCAGGUUUCGCAGGGCGAUCUGCUCGUCCUCGAGGAGCGCCUGAACACGCUGCAUGAGAUCGUCCAUCGCGAGAAUGGGUCGAUCGCCGGUGAUCGCGAGGAGCUGCUCGCGCAGCUGUGGACGUGGCUCGGCGGGAACAAGGACAAGCUGAGGAAGUACGAGCGGCACUUAAGGUUGCUCAGGGGCGUGGGCGCGUAUAGGAAGCGGGCACUGGCGCAUGUGGUCGCGACGCUGCAGACGCUGCACGGCAUGAAAGCCGAUAUGGAGGAGCUGCGGGCCCGCGUUGCGGCCGUGCCGAUCGGCGGCGACAAGAUUCCGGUCGAGGUCCAUAUCAAGAGCAUUCAGUACGGGCUCGAGAGGCUCAAGGAGGGCCGAGCGAGGGCUAGGCAGGUGGAGGAAGACGCGAUCAGAAAGGUGCUUGCGAUCCAGGACUGA